UCUCAACUGACCAAAACCUACAGUCUUUCCCUCUCUCACUCUCUCUUCUUCACUCACCUUUCCUUUCUCUCACUCACGUUUUCCCAGCGGAUAAACCGUCCAAUCCGGCGAUACAGAGCUCAAUUUCUACAAAAUAUGAUUCGAAGAGAAUGACAAGUCGUCUUCGGCGCUCGAUUUCGCCAUGUCACUGUCGUCGUGCUCAGACUGCUUCUCCGACCUCCUCUGCGGCGAGGCCUCCAGUAGUAUUAUCUCCUCCGGUGGAGGAUAUUUCUCGCCGGAAUACUCAUCGAACUUCGAUUCUCAGGCGUCGGACGUCGCGGAGUCCAUCUCCGGGCUGUUGGAAGACGAGAAAGAUCUAGCAGGAAUCAGUAUCUGCCGCGCCGUCGAUCAGCCGAUCGAUGCGUCGGUUAGAGCUGAAUUUGUUGCAUGGAUUCUCAAGGUGCAACGAUAUUACGGUUUUCAGCCGUUAACGGCGUAUCUCUCCGUCAACUAUUUUGAUCGUUUCGUUUGCUGCCAUCAGCUACCGAAAAUGAGUGGAUGGCCGCUGCAACUGCUCUCUGUUGCAUGUUUGUCUUUAGCUGCAAAGAUGGAGGAACGGCUUGUUCCUUGUCUUUUGGAUCUUCAGGUAGAAGACCCAAAAUUUAGUUUUGAAGCCAGAACUAUUCAAAGAAUGGAACUUCUAGUUUUAAGUGUGUUGGAUUGGAGACUUCGAUCUAUUUCCCCAUUUUGUUAUCUCCCAUUUUUCGCGCUCAAGAUUGACCCCUCUGGAACUUACACCGACUUCCUCACUACAAGGGCCAAAGAAAUAAUCUUCUCUACAUUUAAAGAGACCAGCUUGCUUGGGUGUAGGCCAUCUUGCAUUGCUGCUGCAACAAUACUGUGUGCAGCAAAUGAUUUGCCAAAAUUCUCACUCAUCACUGCUCAACAUGCUGAGUCAUGGGGUGAUGGACUCCGCAAAGAUGAAAUAAUGAGUUGUCACCAGCUGAUUCGAAAAUACGUGUUCAAAAUUAGGCCAAAGAUGCAGCCAAAGGUAUUCCCGCAGCUUCGAGUCACAAACAGAGCAAGUAUGGACUGCACUGAUUCAUUAUUGGCUUCUCCAUCUUUUAAGAGAAAGAGUGAUGGGAAUGGGAUAGUUGAAAAUGAAGAGACUUUGAUUAAGAGGGUUAAAUAUGAAGGCUUGCAUAAUUAAAUAGUAAUUUAAUAGAAAUAAUUCGUCUAGAAACCUCAAUGGAGUACUUUUAUUUCUCAGAGGGUGAUGAGAAAGUUUGAAGAGUGCAUAGAUUAGCAUUAAUGUGUACAAAAAAAAGAUGUUUGAAAAUUCUUGUGAGAUUUAAUUCUAACCCCUUCUUGGUCGGGAGGGUGGUAAUAGUCAAUCAUUUGUGUACACAACUACACAUGAAUGAUUAGCGAUGGGAAUUUAAUUAGUACUAUAUGUGAGUGAGCAAGAUGAUUGGGAGGUGUUUGAGUUUAUGAAACUGUUUUAGGGAGUAGUACUUUGGUGGAGUGGCUGUGGGAGUGAUGGGGUAUGAAUGAAUUGAAUGCAAUUGAAAGAGAGAUUGGUGGGACCAAAAAUGCCAGAAAUUUGAGGGAUGCUGCAACUCCUUUAAUUGAAGAAUUUUAUGUAGUAUGAAACGUGUACAGAUCGAUAGUCCACGUGUGAAUGUUUUGGCGGGAAAUUUGUUUGAACAAAGUCCUCACGGACUGGCGCGCGUGUACACGUGUCAUAUUUGGAUUUCUCUUUUUCUAUUUAAUUUUGUUAAUUUGAGACGACAGCGACGUGUCAUUGUUUGAAAUGAAUAUGCGUAUAGCUAGGUUUUAUUUAUUUACUCCAUUUAUUGCUUGUAAUAAGAUUGGGGAUGACUGAUGAGUCUGUUUGAGACCCCAUAUUCGCGGGACUGCAACUGCAUGUGGAUUGACAACGAGGAUUUUGUAGCA